AUGUCAAAGAUCGCACAAACCCCUGCCCCGAUCGACACCGCUGUCAAGGCAAAACAAGCAGAUUCCGCUUCCAAGCGCUUGGCAUCCCACUUUUAUCAUCAGCCAAUCAGAACCAAGGCGCAAAUCCCCUUGUCUUGUCUUGCUCGGCCUCGGCCCGGACGGAACGUGGAAACCGGCACGGCACCGCAAUUCAACCAAGCACCAACCCUUAAUCAAGCCAACCUUUUUCCUCCGUAUCACCUCCACCGAUCGCCGAGAUCACAACCGCAACCACACAUCCCGAAAAUGGUCCCGAGAAUACACACCUACCGUCCGCUCCUGCGGCUUGCCCACCGGCAAAUCCCCGCCCAACCCCGACCAAACCUUAUCGCCGCCGUCGCGUUCUCAACCUCCCAGUCGACCCAGAACCAACCACCACCACCACCACCACCACCACCCUCACAAACCCCCUCCGAACCCCUCCCGGAAACCAUCCACAUCAGCGACGCCUCCACUCCCCCUCCCCCAGAGCCUCUCAUCACCAAAACCAUCCCCAACCGCCGCCCCAACCGCCGCCGUCUGAUCUCCCGCCUCCUCUUCGCCGGCACCUUCCUCCUCCUCGGCACAAUCGGCGGCUCAACCCUCCGCCUCUUCAUCUCCCCCCCGACCCCUCCCACCCCCGACACCGACCAAGACAAAUACGUCAUCUCCGACCUCCACUCCCAAGCCUCCCGCCUCCCCAUCGUCCAGCAACUCUCCUCCAACCCAGCCUGGACCAGCUGGGAAGCCUACAACACCCUCCCCCCAUCCCACCGCGCCCAGCACAUCACAGCCCACACCCUCCGCGGCUCCCGCGGCGUGGGCGGCUACCAGCGCAUCUUCCACAACGCCUCCACCGGCGAGCUCGUCUCGGUGAUCUUCUUCGGUCCGGCCACCAUCGGCUGGCCCGGUGUUGUUCACGGGGGGUGUUUAGCCACCAUUCUGGAUGAGAGCUGCGGUAGGGCGGCGUUUAAGCAAUGGGGUGGGCUGGCGGGUGUGACUGCCAAGCUGAAUAUCGAAUACAAAAAGGCGACGUUGGCGAAUGGGUUCUAUAUCAUAAGAGUAAGACCAAGGACGGAGGAGGAGUUGCCUGAACGUGAGAGGGGGAAGAGGCAUUACAAGAGCUGGGUGGACGCGGUGAUUGAGGACCCGGCUACGGGGCAUGUGACGGUGAAGGCGGAGGCGUUGUUUGUGGGGGGGAAGGGGAAUGGGAAGGGGGAGGGUGAGAAGAAGUUUAGUUGGGGGGGAAAGGUGCAGGAUGCGCAUGCCGAGUUUUGA